GAGUUGAAUAGCAAGAUAGCUUCAUUUGAGUAUACCAUCACGGAAGUAGCCACUAAAGUAAACAUUUCCAGGCCGACAGCUAUAAUGUUGCAACUGCAAUUUACCAAAGAUACUUUACCAGAUUCUGUGAGCAAUGACUUUCAGAACUUGAACAAAUUCAACGAACAGGCGGACAGGUUCCUGCAUCAGCUGAGUGAGUUUGCAGGAGAGAAUGGGAUGAGUGCAGGCCCACUGAGGAACCUCAUGAAGAGCCUCCUGCUGCUUCCCCAUGGUUCCCUGAAGAAAAAUCUGACAGAAGACCAAGUCAAAGAGGACCUUCUCACUUUAGGAGUCAGUGAAGACAAGGCAGACCAUUUUUCACAACAGUGGAGCCUCCACUACCCUGUGUUGUCCAGGCUGGCUGUAGGACAGACACUGAUGGUCAACCAGCUGGUGGACAUGGAGUGGAAGUUUGGUGUGACCGUGGGGACGAGUGAACUUCAGAAAGUUGGAAACACCUUUCUACAGCUUAAGUUGGUCAUCAGAAAGGGGAACUCAACUGAAAAUGUCUACAUGGAGUUGACCCUCCCCCAGUUUUACAACUUUCUCCAUGAAAUGGAGAGGGCCAAAGCCAGUAUGGACUGUUUCAGCUGAGCCUGAUCGCCAGUAGCAAGAGCAUGUACUGAAUAUGUGUCCUAGAGGGGCAGCAGAAAACAAAAGAGGAGAUGGAAGUGAUUGACACUGGAUGGAUCCCAAUUGGCACUCUAUUCCCUUUAUAGUGAACAGGGGCAAUUUGGGGCAUGCAUGCAGUUCAAAAUAGAACAUACUGAAUCUGAAUGAACCUUCCAGCUUCUCACAUACCAAGAUUUCAAUAUUUCUUUUGUGUAAUUUUGACAUUUGUCUUUUGAAAUGUGCACAAUUGUUUUGCAGUAGUGAUUUUGUGUGUAUUAGUAACUGUCCGUGAGUUUGUUUUGCGAGAAAGUAUUAUAUUGUAACCCAAUGACUUCAAUUCCAUUGGCUGUCACGACAAGUGAUGUGAGGCAUACGUGUAACAAUUUUUUGCAAUCUCUCAUCAUUUAUAUUACUGAUUUGCUUAACUUUAUUUUUAACUAAAUCAAAUGGAACAUGAUUCACACUUGCACUUACUUUUUUCUCUCCAAAUAAAGUAUUCAGAUGUUGUCAUAUUGGUCUGCUGUAGGUAUUCACAUAAUGAAUGAAUGAUAGAAAUUCUGAAUAAUAUCCUCAGACAAUUACACAACAAGAUAGUCAGUUAUUACGCUGAUAUAGAACAUACUGUAAAAUUGGUUCUAAUAACAGGUUUCAGUAGAUAUUCCACUGACACCAACAUGAGACAACGAUGGGGAGCCAAAUACACUGUAGAGAGAAGCAUGUGAAUACUAGUUGUUAUUCCAUCCUACUUUUAUACCUUAAUUAGCCAAGAAGUCACAUUAAAUGUACACCCAUCCAUUUCCCCAAAAGGAAAUAGUUCAUACUAGCAUUUGGGCCUGCAACAAUGAUCUGUCAUUUGUGGACAUUCUGUAUUCAUUAAAUGUUGUGAAUAAGAGCUUGAAGCAGAAAACAACUUUAAUAUUGUAAUCUCUACCAUCCUUACCCUAACUGGAGUAAACUAACAGACAGCAAUACUUCUACUUCACUCACAUCUAUGGUACCUGUAGUUAAAUAUUUAUAGAUGUAUUCCUAAUUUCCUCAAGUGCUUGAUCUUUACCCACAGCGUCCACUCCACUAUUCAUUCUGAUCUUAACUCCAAAUCUUUAUUUUACCUUUAUUUAACUAGGCAAGUCAGUUAAGAACAAAUUCUUAUUUUCAACGACGGCCUACGAACAGUGCCCCUGCCUUGUUCAGGGGCAGAAAAACAGAUUUUUACCUUGUCAGCUCGGGGUUUCGAUCUUGCAACCUUUCAGUUACUAGUCCAAUGCUCUAACCACUAGGCUACCUGCUGGCCUGGAUUGAUUUGUCAAUUAUUGUUUUAUAUGUCAGUUCAUACACCCUAUGCCACGGUAUUGGUACAUCAAAAAACUGUUUCCAACUGUCUUGAAUUAUAUACGGUAUUACUGUCAAACUUUUUGACUUUAAGUGAAACUGAUACAUUUUGUCAAUUUAUAAUUUGAAGUAAUUUAUGAUUUUUUUUAUGGGUGGUAGACAGACAAAUUAAAUAAAGUAAUUGUCUCUU